AUGACCGCCAGCGUCAUGUUGACCAACUUGCCCAAGGACGCAAGCCAGGCGCUCAGGGAGAUUGAAGCGAUUGAUGACCGAAAGGUCUCGGUUCGGUUCCAGGCAAUAGGCAGCGCGCCGAUCCUCAAACAAAAGGUCUUCAAGAUCAGUGCGUCGUCCCGGUUUAGCGUGGUGUUGAAUUUCCUGCGCAAGAAAGUGGGCGUCCGGGAGGGGGAUGGCCUGUUUUGUUAUGUGAAUAGCGUGUUUGCGCCGGGGUUGGAUGAGGGGGUCGGGAAUCUAUAUCGGUCUCUGGAAGACAGAUGGAGCAAGAGAGCAAGGAAGAUUUGCAAACGGUUGGAGCGCUAA